CCCUCUGAAGGCUUUUGAAGUGGAAGCAGCACCUCCUAACUCCUGCCAGAAACAGCUCUCCCCAGCAUGGGAGCUGCCCCCUGCCUCAUGGCCAGGGCAGCAAGCCUGAGCCUUGGCUUCUUUCUUCUGCUUUCCUGCUGGCUAGACCGAGGUGUGCUAGCCAAGGAGUUGAAGUUCGUGACAUUGGUGUUUCGUCAUGGAGACCGAAGUCCCAUUGAAACCUUUCCUAAUGACCCCGUUAAGGAAUCUUCAUGGCCACAAGGAUUUGGCCAACUCACCCAGCUGGGCAUGGAGCAGCAUUAUGAACUUGGAAAGUACAUAAGGAAAAGAUAUGGAAGAUUCUUGAACGAGUCCUAUAAACAUGACCAGGUUUAUAUUAGAAGCACAGAUGUUGACCGGACCUUAAUGAGUGCUAUGACACAGCUUGCAGCCCUGUUUCCCCCAGAGGGCACCAGCAUCUGGAAUCCCAGCCUACUCUGGCAGCCCAUCCCAGUGCACACAGUCCCUCUUUCUGAAGAUCAGUUGCUAUACCUGCCUUUCAGAAACUGCCCUCGUUUUCACGAACUUGAGAGGGAGACUUUGGAAUCAGAGGAAUUCCAGAAGAGGCUGCAUCCUUAUAAGGAUUUUGUAGAAUCCUUGCCAAAACUUUCAGGAUUCCAUGGCCAGGACCUGUUUGGAAUUUGGAGUAAAGUCUAUGAUCCUUUAUAUUGUGAGGGUAUUCACAAUUUCACUUUACCCUCCUGGGCCACCGAAGACAUCAUAACUAAAUUGAGAGAAUUAUCAGAAUUAUCCCUCUUGUCCCUCUAUGGAAUUCACAAGCAGAAAGAGAAAUCUAGACUCCAAGGGGGUGUCCUGGUCAAUGAAAUCCUCAAUCACAUGAAGAGUGCAACUCAGUCACCAAGCUACAGAAAACUUAUCAUGUAUUCUGCUCAUGACACUACUGUGAGUGGUCUACAGAUGGCGCUAGAUGUUUACAACGGAAUCCUUCCUCCCUAUGCUGCUUGCCACAUAAUGGAAUUACACCUCGAGAAGGGGGAGUACUUCGUGGAGAUGUACUAUCGGAAUGAGACACAGCACGAGCCCUACCCCCUCACACUACCGGGCUGCACUCCCAGCUGUCCUCUGGAGAAGUUUGCUGAGCUGGUUGCCCCUGUGAUCCCCCAAGACUGGUCCAUGGAAUGUAUGGUCACAAGCAACCACCAAGUUCUAAGGGUCGUCCUUGCCAUUGCCUUCUGCCUGGUAUCUGGCGUCCUAGUGGUGUUGCUGUUUGUCUUCAUCCGCCAUGGGCCCUGCUGGCAGAGAGACCCCUAUCGAAACAUCUGAACAGAGGCUGAACAAGAGCAGAAAAGCUGGGCCAACUUCCUGUCUUGGCAUCUCUCAGUGAUGCAGCAUUCGAAGAACAGGCUUCUGCCAUGUGGGCAUCACCCUGCCUACACUCUUCUUCCUGAACCUGUGUAGAGCAGAGUCUGAACUCACAGUGACCCAGGGAUGGCUGCUGGACUGAUAGAUGAUUAAACACCCAGGUUACUUAGUUAGGUCUUCUCAUCAUUGAGCAGUAGUACAGGCUGCUCAUUUGGCUAGAAAGAGGCUCCUCUGCAGAAGAUAGUUGUAUUCUUUAACACAGAUGUCUGGAGAGAAAUAAGCCACAUUCCGAUCAGUCUUCUGCCUGCAAAGAGCAAAGGGACAAAGACAUAAACAAGAAGUGGUAUUGUACAGAAUGAUUCUUAGGAAAUAAGACCAAAUCAGAAAUUAUAAAUAAACUUUUUCUUUAGCUAUUAAGAAAGUUUAACACACACACACA